UCAGAGCGGAGGCUCCGACGGCGUCCGUGGAGCGGCUCCGUGUGGGGAGCGGAGCGGAGGCAGUCGGGGUCCUGUCCCUGCUGAGCAGGGAGAAGAGCAGUGAACAGAUCUUUAGAGAAUUCCAGAUGUGUGCCCUUUUGGAGAGAACAUUUUGCCUCUGCUGGAGGGUAGAAGAAGCUGUGUGGAUAAGCCCCCUUGUCAACAUAGCUAUAAGGAGGGCUUGUGGAGAAAUGCAAGUCCAGUGCCCCUGCUAUGCUGGCUGAGGGGGAAGGCAUGGCUGGCCCCUCGCUGUGUGCUGCCACCACAGCGGCCUCUCCGGAUCUGCACAAGGUGCCCGGCUUUGGAGAGAGUAAAACCACUCAGUGCUCGUUUUCAAUCGAGAGUAUAUUGGGACUGGAGCAGAAAAAAGAUGGCAUUCCAGCUGGGAAACCUCACAGACCCUGGAUGGAUGCAUGCACCAGCUUGGUUUUAGGUGAUGACAGUAAUCCCCAUCUGCAAAUCCCUGUUGUUUGCUAUGAAAAUCCAUUAUUUCAUGGUAGAAGUGAUCCAGUGCAAGAGGAAAAAGUUUUGAAAUGUGAAAAAUAUUUUUCAGUCACGGAAAGGCUGUCUUUCAAACGAGAAUUGAGCUGGUACAGGGGUAGAAGACCAAGAACUGCAUUCACUAGGAACCAGAUUGAAGUCUUGGAAAAUGUUUUUAAAAUGAACUCCUACCCCGGCAUUGAUAUUAGAGAAGAGUUAGCUCGCAAAUUAGAUUUAGAUGAAGACAGGAUCCAGAUCUGGUUCCAGAACCGUCGUGCAAAGCUGAAAAGAUCACACAGAGAAUCUCAGUUUCUAAUGGUGAAAAAUACUUUCACCUCCAACCUGCUAGAGUAGAAGGAAGGAUGGCUUGCUGUUACAGUACUAGUACAGAAAAUGAAGAAUUAUUCAUAACCUGUAUUAAGUAAUGAUAUAGUAAUUAUGAUUUUAUGCCCAGAUUUGAAAGUUUAUUAUAAUUUUCAUUCAAAUAAACUGUACAUACUUGAAGUAUUAUUAUAAUCUACUUUUUGUGGAAGAAGUGAGCUUUUCCUAUAUAUUUGAGUAAGUAUUUUCAGAGAUUUUGAUAUAUUUUUGCAGUUUAAAGCAAAACAAACCCUAGGUU